AUGUCUCUCAAGAGCUUCAUCGCCGCUACCAUCCUGGCCGCUCCCCUGGUCGCUGGUCACGGUGCCAUCAUCAAGGCCGUCGGUGAUGCCGGUGGCGAGGGUAUGGGUCUCGGUGUCGUUACCAGCACUCCCCGUGACGGAACCCGCAGGGACCCAUUCCAGCAGGACAGCACCCGCUUCAAGGGCCAACAGGCCGACAGCUUCGGCGAGACUGUUGGCGGAGGCCAGAACGAUGUUGAGAGCAUGACCAAGGCCAUCAUGGCCGAGACCGGCACCCAGCUUCCUCAGAUCAGCCCCGGUGGCAGCCUCCAGAUGACUCUUCACCAGGUCAACGGCGACGGUGCUGGCCCCUACACUUGCGAGCUCAACUCAGAUGCUUCUGGCUCCUCAUGGCAGCAGAUCCGUGUGACCACCACCCCCCCUGGCCGCAACUCCAGGAACCGGGAUGGUGCCAUGACCGACUUCCCUCUCGUCGCUGAGAUCCCCCAGAGACAGGCAUGCACAGGUACCGUUGCCGGUCAGACCAACGUCUGCUUGGUCCGCUGCAUGAACGGCGCUCGUGCCGGCCCCUUCGGCGGUGUCGUUGCCGCUCAGCUCGCUGGCUCUCAGACCCCCGCAGCUGCCCGCCGGGCCCUCGCCGAGAGCGUUAAGCGCUCCGAGCUGAUCGUCUCCGGCCUCAAGAAGCGCGGCUACAACGUCGCCGACCUCUCCCAGGAGGAGAUCGACGAGCUCCGCCGCGACGGCGAGAUUGCUUAA